GUUUGGAGAUAGCAAGGCCACAGUUAAAGGUACAACAAAAAAAAAAUUAACAAGUCAAGUUGGACAAUGGAUGGUUCACAUCUGAGAUUCCUACUGCUGAAACGCCAUUAUAAAAUGGGACUACAUGCAGAGAGAUGGUGUGCGGCUCAAUCUACCAGCUUUUAGAUUUUGGUCUCACCACUCAUGUAGACUGUUUGCAAUGUCUGGGAGAGCUUCUGGAGUUUAUGAGCCAUGGGUUUUGUGGGUAGUGUUAUUUUUGGCACUCAUUUCUUUUGGUGCUGAAGCGAAGGUGCAUUUUCACAAAUGGAAAGUAAAUUACCAGACAUGGGCUCCUGAUUGCGUGCAGGUGAAUAUCAUCUCUAUAAAUGGACAAUACCCGGGACCCAACAUCAGAGCCAGAGAAGGGGACACCAUUGUUGUCCAGUUAGAAAACUUAAUCCCUACCGAAAACGUUGUUAUUCACUGGCAUGGUAUUCGACAGAUUGGCACUCCCUGGAACGACGGGACGGCUUCCAUAUCGCAGUGCGCAAUCUACUCAGGGGAAACCUACGUAUAUAAAUUCGUCGUGGACAGGCCGGGGACGUAUUUCUAUCAUGGUCAUUAUGGCCUACAGCGGUCAGCGGGGUUUUAUGGGUCGCUCAUAGUGGAUGCAGCGCGCAAGGAACCUUUCACCUAUGAUGGCGAGCUGAGCAUCGUUUUAAACGACUGGUGGCACAAGAGCACUUAUGAUCAGGCGCUGGGCCUCACUUCCAAUCCCUUUGUCUGGGUCGGGGAACCUCAGUCACUACUAAUAGAGGGACGAGGACGAUACGAUUGCUCAGCCACCAAUAAUUCCUGUAAUGCUACAAACACGCAAUGCUCCCCUCAUGUCUUGCAAGUGCAACCUGGGAGAACGUACCGCCUCCAUAUUGCAAGUGUGACGUCACUUUCGGCCCUCAACUUUGUAAUUCAGGGACACAGGAUGACGGUUGUGGAGGCUGAUGGGCAUUAUGUAGACCCGGUCGAAGUAGACAACCUGGACGUUUACUCUGGUGAAUCCUAUUCUGUUCUGAUAACGGCAAACCAGGACCCUUCUCAAAACUAUUGGGCGGGUGUGAAUGUGAGAGGCAGGCAGCCCAAGACGCCGACUGGACUGGCCAUCCUGAAUUAUCUGCCCAAUCCCUCAACGAAAUUCCCCAGUGCGCCUUCUCCCACAAGCCCGCUGUGGAACGACUACGCCUACAGCAAAGCUCUGGCUAAGAAAUUUGUGGCACUCAAGGGACAAGAAGAGCUUCCCCCACUUCAGUCCAACAGGCGGUUAAUUCUUCUCAACACGCAGAACAAGAUCAACGGGUACAUAAAGUGGGCAAUCAACAACAUUUCGCUGCUGCCUCCUCCGACUCCCUACUUGGUCGCCAUGAAAUACAAAAUCAAGGGCGCCUUUAACGCUAAUCGACCUCCAGACAUCUACAAUCCCCGUGAUUACAACAUCACCAUUCCUCCUCAAAAUCCCAACGCUGUCGAAGGGAGUAGCGUGUACGUCUUCACAUUGAAUUCUGUUGUUGAUGUGAUUCUUCAGAAUGCAAAUACUCUUACCGCCAACAAUUCAGAGAUCCAUCCAUGGCAUUUGCAUGGCCACGAUUUCUGGAUUCUUGGAUAUGGAGAUGGUGUCUUCGACCCAGCAAAGGACCCUCCGAAGUACAACACGGUAAAUCCUCCAUUGAGGAACACAGUGGCAGUGUUUCCAUAUGGAUGGACGGCCAUUCGAUUUAAAGCAGACAAUCCAGGAGUAUGGGCUUUCCACUGCCAUGUGGAGGCUCACUUUUUCAUGGGGAUGGGAGUGGUGUUUGCAGAGGGAAUAGAGAAAGUGGGAAGGUUGCCCAAUGCAGCCAUGGGAUGUGGCCUCACCAGGAAUAAAAUUCACAUACACGAAUGAUAUCUCUGUUUGAGGUAUCAAUUUUUGUUAAAAAAUGCUUUUAUCAAUUAUCAAGCUCAUCAUCAAUGCAAGCUCAUCAUCAAUGCACCCUCGCGCUAUAGUAAUAAACUCCUCUAAUACUAGCCUAUAAGAAUUAGCACUUGCACAUGUACUUUUAAGAGGUGAGAUGAAUGUAUUUGUAGAAAAUUUAAACGA